AAUCACGUGUAUGCCCCUUCAGCUUCUUAAUCAAGGGGGUGUCACUUGCAUAUAGUCCGUACUUUGAUCAAGAUAAAAACACCUUUGACACCUUGAUCUACAAACUUGAUGCUUGAUUUUGAUCCCCUCACGUGCGUGCACAGCUAAUUAAAAAUUCAGAGAUCUGCAUAAUCAAAGAUAUACGGAAAAUGUACAUGUCUUGAUGUACGAUCCCUUAAUCUCAACUGGUUUCAGUGCUGCUUCUUUAAUGUAUUGAUUUUUACUUGAUCGCUGUCGCAAGUGUAACUACAGGUUAUAUGCAAGUGUCACCCCCUUGUUAAUGGCUUCUAUGUUUUCUUCUUGUCGUUCUCUCUCUUCUGUUGUACCAUAUGACCCUCCAAAUCAACUGAAAAUUACUGAUCUUCCUGAGGUACUUGAUUUACUCAGAAACCAUGGUUAUUUAGGAACCAGCUAUGAUAUUCUUGGUUUUUGUCUUGGACUCUCCUCUACUACACUAGAUGUUAUUAGAAAUAACAAUAGUGAUGAUACUGAGAGUUGCCUACGUGAGUGUCUCAAGGCAUGGUUACUGAAAGCUGAUAAUCUAGAGUGGACUAAAGGUAAUCCUACGAUCUAUUCAUUGGUAUCAGCAUUGAGGGAAUUAGGAGAGAAUGGAGUAGCUGAUGGAAUAGAUAUGGCGAUGCAUCCUGCUUGUAAAAUAGUUGCUCGAUAUACCUCAAACCAAUCUCUACUGUCUGUAUUACCUCAGUUGGAUAUAUAUUUGUAUGAAGCAAAGCUAAUAAAAGGGGCAAUCAUCCCACGUAAUAGACAAGGAGAAGCACUACUGGGUCGAAUAAAGGAAGCUAUCUGUGUUGAUUAUAGAAAACUUGAGGCAUUUGCUGAUAUUUUAUGUCAAGACCCUGUCACUGCUGAGAUAGGAAAUGCUAUUAUGAGAGACUACAGAGAGCUUGAUGGAAGUGAUGAUUCAAUUGAAGAAUGUGUAGAUAAUAAAAAUGUUGAAAUGCUGAUGCAUGUAAUUUAUUUUUCUGUGAGUAUCACUUCAGAGUUCAAGUUGAUGAGAUUAAAGUUUGGGCAAACAUUCUUUAAAGUUGGAUCAAUCAUGAUGAACAGCCCUCAGUCUCCAACGCUUGAUAAUAUCAAAUAUGUUUUGGGUAUAUACAAUAGUGCAUUGAGGCCUCAGCUAGUUCAUUUUAAAGAUAUACGUGACGUUCUACAAUUAGUUAGUGAUAACAGUUCACUGGAUGAUAUUAGUAUGCUGGAGUAUCUUGUUGAUGAGUCUAAUUUAGAGGAGGCUCAGGUAGUUAUUAAGAAAUAUAAAGAAGCUAUUGAGGAGUUUAAGGAAAUAAAAUUUAUUCCAUUUUUGAGAGAAAAGUUUCCAAUUGCCGUGCCAUUUGAGUUUACCAUUAUUGUUGAUGAAGACGCUGACAAGUCAAUGCUUAACGAUGUCAAGAGACUGUCAUCAGCUAUAUUUGAAAAGGCACCACAACAUAUCAGAAUAAAUGUCAUUAGAGGCUUUAGUCUUCAAAGUAAAGAUACCACACUAACAACUGAAGUACGAGCAGGAACAACAGAGUCAGUGAGCCAUUCUUACCAGGAGGAGGAGGAAGACGAAAAAGAUGAGGAAAAGCAACUGGAGGAAGAAAAGGAACUUCAUGAAGAAGAGAAACUAAUUUAUGAACAAGUUAUAAAGGAAUCUGAAGAGAAAAUAGCAACACUUAUUGAACUACAGGAGAAAGUUACUGGAGGCUUGAAACAGACUCAGAUCAAAGCAGAAGAAUAUGAAGAAUCAAGAUCAGAAUUACAGAAUGAAAUUCAAAAGAUUAAAAAUAAAAGGGGAAUAUUUCAAAAAUUACAGAGUGAAAUACAAAAGUUUAAAAAUGAAAGCAAAACAUUUCAAAAACAAAGGAAAGCAUUGAUACUGGAGAAUGAAAGAUUAAGGUCAUUACUUAAAGAUCAUAAUGUACCAGUACAACAGAAAGAAGAGACUGAGAUAUUACAAGAGACUGAGACUGUACAUACAUGUACUUAUAUCAGUAAAGGUUAG